CGAAAAUACGGCAAAACAGGAAGUCAACGAUGUCGAUUCAAGGACAGUUCGUUGUUGUUGUUUUUGCUGCUGAAUUAAUUAUUCGACUGUAAAUCGGUGAGAAUUGGUGGAUGAAAUUAUGAGCAAAAUGGCAGAACUCACCGUGACUGUCCAAGACGAUGAAAGAAAUGUUAGAUUAAAGCAGGAACACAAUGCCGAUACAGAAAAUACUAGAUAUCCAGAAAGGCUUGCAGAUACAGGUCGACCCCCACCUCUACCGACGAAAAAAAAGAGGAUCCUUAAGAUUUGUGGGGUCGAUUACUAUAAUUUGAAAAAUCUAGACUUUGAUAAAUAUAUUAAAGAGAACAUGGAAGAUUUUGUUUUAUGUGACAAAAAGGAUUAUGGAGGCGAGAUGAUGAUAGAGUGUCCAUCAGAAAGUUUUGAUGCCUUAGAGCAAUACGUAGCUAAAUUUAAAGACUCGAUUGUAUCAACAACGGCAGAAUUCGAAUAUCCCGAAUGCAACCAACUGUUAUUUAAGAAGUCCGGUUAUGCAAAUGAAAUUGUUUUGGGACAUUUAUCAGCAAAGGCUAAACGAAUUGUCUGCUACUUCGACAUAGAGCUCGAUGUUGAUGGUAAACCGAAAUGCAUAAUUUACGCCACUAGUAUCAGCGAUCUGCAGAAAGCAAAGGCUGUUGUAGAGAAUAGUAUUGUUAGAACCGAUUGCCCGAUGGAAACUUUCAAAAAAAUGGAGGAAACAUUAAGGCAAUACGAAUUGAAAAACUUGUUGCAGGUUUUUGAAAAUAAAGAAAUUGUAACAUACGUUUGUACUAAAGAUGCGUUGAUGGACAUAAAUAAUGAAUAUCAACACGAGGAAACGAUCAUUGUAUCACAACCGUUUAUGUCAUAUAUAAGAGACAAAGGCGAACAUGAAUUUCAAAAGAUGCAAAAAGAAAAUUAUGUUGAUAUACAGCUGGUACCUGAGCAACAUGCACUGGUGAUAAAAGGGUCACACAGACAUAUUGCAAAAUCCAAGAAUAUGUUGAAAAGCAUGUUUGUUAAAAGGGACAACAGGCUUUCUCUUACCUCAAAACAACUUCGAGCUUUAGAGAACAAGUUACAAUCGAUUGAAGAAAAGUUCAAUUGUUGCUGCUCUAUUGAUUGCAUGAAAGAUGGUAAAGAAAUCUUCUUCCCCUUCAAAGAGAUACAUGCAAUUGCUGUUGCUGUGGAUAGCGGAUCCAUUUUAGAUGUUCAGGCUGAAGUUUUGGUCAAUACAGUUGGCACUGACCUAAAGUUAGACACGGGUUUCCUUUCAAGUCAAAUUUUGAAAGAAGCAGGCUCUUCCAUUCAAAAAGAGUUAACGGACAAGAAUCAAGAGCUUCCCUGCAAAAGUGGAACCUGUUUGGUAACAACUGCGGGGAACUUGUCAAUGCGGCCAGGAUCACAAAGGACAAAGUUAAUAAUUCACUGCGUCUUACCGAAAUUUAAAAAGGAAUCCUUUACACAGAAUGUGAGGGACAUGGUUCGAAAAUGUCUCAUUGAAUCCGACGUGCGAAGUUGCCACUCCGUAGCCUUUCCUGCAUUUGGAACUGGCAAACUCGGAUAUCCAACUCAUGAAACAGUAAAAGCGAUGUUUGAUGCAGUUGAAGAUUACCAGCAUCAAGCGAUCAAUCCAACAGUGCACACUGUGUUCUUGUCAUCAACAGAUCAGGCUUUCAAACAGGAAGAAACGAUACGGCAUCAGAAAAAUGGCCAAGAACAGUUCGGAAUAAGCAUAAAAGGACUGACAAGAUUGGAAAGAUGCAUUCAACUGAGGGGUGAAACUGUCUUCUGUCACAUUGUUGUGAAAAAGGAGAUGGACAGCAUCCCUCCAAAUGCUAUUAUUGUUAUUCCCAUCAGACACAAACACAAAGAAAUAAAACACUAUGGUCCUGACGCAUCUACAAACUGGAAUAUAGAAGUUCAUUUACGAUACAGCGGAGAGCAAUCUUUGAAAGAUUGUUUCAUCGAUGUUUGGAAGAAAUGCACUUCGGAAAGAUGCACCGAAAUGGUUGUCAAUAUCCUUCCAGACGACGGUUUUCCCCCAGCAAAACAAAUAAAUGAGAUUUGCAACACAGUUCAACACGGAUGUCCAGUUCAAUACCUCCGAAACAUAGUGUUUACUUUGAACGAAACUGCUGCAGUAGAUGCUGUUGAACAUGAAUUUACUCACGGAGUGUUUUAUUCUAUUUCAAACUUCAGCAGCAGUGUGAGUAGAGGUCGUAAGGUGUGGGAAAAGAUCCCAGGAAGCAAAAGAGAAGUAUGCGUCAGACUGAUUGGAUCGUCAGAGAAAGACGUAGAUGGUGCGGAAUCGUUCUUAAUGGAUCAGGACUCUAAUGAUAGAGACACCCAGAAAUCGUCGGGAUCAGCACAAUUGAAGUCCGCUGAAAAAGCCUACGCUCAAGAAUUGGAAGUGUCAGCUCGGAUAAAUGCAGGGGUUCUGAAUUACCUUAAUGAAUGGAAGGCUUUAUCUGAUUGGAAAGAUCAAGUUACAAAAGUGAUAAAAGUAAACAUCAAACAUGAUCAGGUGUUUGGAACACAUGAUGCGAUUAUGAAGUUUUGGAAUUAUCUUGAAAAUGAAUUUCCAGAGCUUCCGUCAAUUCCAGCGACAGACUUGCAAGAACAAGAUGAUGCAGAGAUAAUUCCUUUUGGGGAGUUCAUGAUUACCGUUAAAAGAGGCAGUAUUGUUGAAAGCAACACUGAUUGCAUUGUAUGCUUAAACGGUCCGACAUUGACGAAUACUGGUGGGGUAGCAGGUGCUAUGAAAAAAGUAGGCGGUGAAGCAUAUGUGACAGAGUUGGGAAAAAACGUAAAACAGUUUGGAAAGCUAAUGUGUGGAGAAUGUCGAGUCACAGAUUCAGGAGAACUUCAAGCAAAGAAAGUCAUGCACAUAUAUUUUCCGCCUUUCAAAGACAAUUUCGAUAUUCACAUGCAGCAAAUGCUGGAACUAGCACUUUUUGUGAGUUUAGAAACGGCUGAUGCAUACGGAUUUAAGUCAAUGUCGUUUCCAGUGUUGGGCACAGGGCAUGGAGGUCUAACGGUCGGACAUUGUGUUAAUGCGUAUGCGCACACCUUUUCCAAGGCAAACGGGAAGUUGAAGAAUACAAGAAACAUAUUUGUUUAUGCCUUUGACGAAAAAGUACAAACAUCGUUUUCACAGGCAUUCCGAAAGCAUCAUCCCUCGACUGAUGACUAUCAUUUAGAUAAAGGCCGCUUUAACAUAGCGAAAAGAACGAUAACGGUUGUUGUUCCGGAAUUGUGUAACACUUUGUCCGUGAAUGCCAUUAUAAGCAAAGUCGAUGAACAAUUGGCCGGAAAAUCGUCAUCUGCGCAGAAAAUUGAAAGUCUUGGCAAUGAGGAGUUCUUUUUAAAGAAGGAAAGCUUGAAGAAAGAGUGUCCCUUACAAAAAAACUAUGUUUUGUCGCAAGGUAGUACUGGCGGACAAUUAUUGAACGUCGCUAUCAUGCACUUGAAUGAACCUCGAUGGAAUAUUUUGAAGGAUAUUAAAAUUCACGAGACGGAUAUCUUUAAUUCAAUUACGAAUGUUCUAGAUAAAGUUGAGCGGCUGCACAAGGUCAGCAUUGGAAUAGAGUUAAUUGGAGAAAGUGAUGAUGAAGAGCGGUAUCCAACACCUGUUUACCGUUGUUGUUCUGCGAUGAUACAGGGAAUCAUUCAUUACUUCCAAGGUCACACAAACUCUUGCAUAGAACGUAUCGAAUUUUCAAGUGCGUCAAGGGAGCACAGGAUGGCCUUUGUUCAUUUGGUGCAUAUAAAGGGCGCAGCGAUUUCAGCACUUGUUUAAUCAACGAUUUGUUUCAGUCAACUGGAAAAGUUUGCUAUGGCAUCACAAUAACCAAACAAAACGUAUCAUGCCUUGGCGCACGGAGUUUGGUUGGUGGUCACUAAGCCGAAUAAGUGUUUUUCUCUGACUUCCCCGGUUUUCCGUACCAUACGAGACCAAACUCCCCCGUAACAUCGUGUCAAAGUCAACGAGAGUGACAUAGCAUCAGUUGAUAUAACUGUUUUCACAAUAUGUGUAAAAGUAAAGUUUCACUAAAACCCUAUCGAACAUUCAGUGUUUUUCAAAACAUGUAUAUUAUAAUGCUAUCGCUGAACAAGUUUCAACGUUCCUUUAUAAAUCAUUAAUGCGUAUAUUUGUUUAACGCUAAAUUGUAUCUACGUUGAAAUGCAAGAGGGAUAUUUUGAAUAGUUUGUUGUACGAUUUCUAUUUAUAUUUAUAUUUUGUCGAUGUGCUUGUUUGUCAGUUGAACAUAAAUCUGGCGUCGGGUUGACCUGCGUCAGUAAUGAGGAUUUUGCGUAGACUGAUUAACGUGUUUGACGAAGACUUGAGUAAAUCUACUUCCCAUGUAUGUAAAGUGUAACAAUUAUUAUGUGAUUUGUAUAAUGUCAGCUGUCAAUGGCUUAAAUGAAAAAGUUGCAGUUUUCUGUCUUAGAGAAAAAUGUAUGAUAAAUAGAAAUAUGUUUUUGUGCAAAUUGUUUCUCAGAUUCAGGUCUACUGAUGAUAAACUGAAUGAUGAAGGACUACAAUUUCUGAAGUAUCUUGAACACCUAUAAUUUAGUGUUUUUGAUUAAAUUAACCAUAAACAAGCAGUCGAUUUGUUUCAAAACGAACGUUACCGUUAUAUAUCGUUUGAGUUUAACUGGAAUAUUAACUAACGGAAAAUAUCCCGCCGUUUCUUGUUGAAAGAGAACUUUAAUAAACGACAUGUCAAAGCAAUGAUUGGUAUACAUAUAGCUUCUAACUCGUGUGUUUACGCAAACUGAUUAACGUAGCAAUGGUUUGUUAGGCUUAUGAAUAAAAUUGCUUGUUAAGGUAAUUGGCGGAUUAAAAUAUAGUUGAAUCGAAUGGAAAUUGAAUUGGUAUUAAGUUGUGGUGUUAUAACCACCAACUUAACAAUAUCUCAAAUUUGCUCUCAGAAUCUAUAUCACUAUGGAACAAACAAUGAUUGGGAACAUCACUUCUUUAAUAAGAUAUAAAAUACAUCUUACAACAUGCUUUAAAAUGGAGUCCUCAUAUUUUACGAUAUUCUUGCGACAUAUUACUGAUAAGUAUAUGUAGGAAGUCAAUUCCGAUUUUAUCUUUGAUUCUAUGGCAAUAACUGUUACCAAAUUAGAAUGAUUUAUAAAAGUAAAUUGCUUUGUGAUAUUUUCCAAUUAAGCACACAUGUGUUAGACACGAAAAGUCAAAAAAUAGCCCCCUGUGUUGAUGUUCAAGUAGGUCCAAUUUAAAAAAGACAAUAAUCGAGCUAAUAACGAACAAUGUCAACGCGUUAUGAUUUGUCAACAACAUGCUCACAAUUAUGUUAUAUCUGAUUGGGGAGCCCUUCUUAUGUUAAAUAUCUUUUUGACGCUGUAGACCAUAGGGAAGGUAAUAAUUUGUAUUUCAUGAAUGUUUAAUUUUUGUGACUGACAUAAAGACUUGUUUUGAAGUUUAUCAGUUUAUAUGUUAAUAUAACUUGAUCCUAAAUUGUUUUUAAGUUGAUAAUGGCAUCAAUUGCGCUUAAAUGUUAUUUUAUUAAUUAUUGUAAAUGUUGGUGUACGUGUGAGGUUUUGUGCAUAUUAUCUAGGCUUGUCCCUGUAGUUAUAAUUCUGUUAUAACAUUGAGCCCAUUCAUAUGCAUAUCUAUUAUUUUUGUCUGUUUUAUAUUUCAUUCCGAAAGAUAAAUUUCAUUAGGGUUAAGGACUGUUAACUACCACAUGUGCUUAGCAGGUAAUUACGUCAUCACCGACACAAAGGAACUGUUUUAAGGGUUCCAAAAUAACCGUGAACAGGUGUAUAUUUCUUAGCACAUCACGUGUUUGGUUUGCAAUGUAAAUUUACAUUUCAUUUACAAAUAACAAACUUUCCUUUUGACAGUAUGUCGUUUCGAUCAAGAUAUACAUUAGGGACAACUUUGUCCGGCGUCGUCGGUAGCGCCGUCAUACUUUUGUUUUCGAUCGGUUACUUUUAAACGUUUUGAUUUUGUCUUUAAUCGAGGUAUGAAUGUUGGCAUGGUCAGAUAAUUAGCACAUUAGUUUUGUGGUCAGCAAGUCAAAUGUCAAGGUCGAGGCGACCUUUUCUGAACAAAUGAAUGGCCGACCAGGCAGUGGACACAUCCGACUGGCUGAAUUUUUGUUUCAAAAACCAUCGGUUCUUGUCAAAAAGUUCAGUUGUUGAUCUUAAUACAUCUCAUAACUGAUUUGUUAAGAGUGUUUCUAUGUUCUUAACCAUAUUUAUGUUACAAAUGUGUAGUCUGGUUUUGACAAUGGAAUUACAACACUCUCUAUAUGUUCUCAUUUUGAUGUGUGAUACAAAAAAAUCGCCACUGUAACUUUUCAUUGUAGUUUGCUAUGACCAGCGAUAAAACAUAUUUUAGUACAAUAUGUUGCCAUGUUAGAUGGCUUUACUUUUAAAUCAAUGACCAAAGUUUUUACGGAACACCCUAGAUAAAAAAUCGUUUACAGAUGUAUGUCAAAUAUAAUAUAUAUUUUUUAUUAUAUUAAAAUGAUGUGCUUCAAUUAAAAAACACACUUGUUAAUCCGCUUAGUAAGUUAUGUGUACAUCAGUAAAUCUUUAAAUAAUACUGAAUCAUUUAGGAUGUUAAAAUCAAAAACAUUUUUAAUAAUUGAAGCCAUAUGAUGUAUAAAAAGUAUGCAACAAGGGCAAAAUGGCUUAAACGUUUUGAUAAAAGGGCAAAAACUUAGAAUCGGCCAUAAAUAAGCAUAAGUCAUAGUAUACAGAUGACCAGUAGCUAUGCAUAUGCAGCAAGGCCAAUAACUCGGUUGGUGUUUUAUGAUUGUCUAAAUAAAAUGAUCUUGCAAUUAUUUUUUACAAUUUUCACGUAAAUAUUUAUUAACAUUUUAUCUGUAACAACAAGCACAACAAAGGCUCAUACCUCUCGUGCUUAAUAUAUUACAUGUCAAAUUACGUCCGUUAAGUGAUAAAAGAACGCUUGUACUGAUAUUUCUCGUUUUUGUUUUAUAGUAGUGUUUAGUUGUUCAAUUUUGCCGAUUAAGUCAUGCUAUUUCCAAGACAUAUAUAUGUUAAUCGAGUGUGUACUUAUAUAAGCAAAGCUAAUGAAAUUCGCUUACAAAUACUAUCCUUUAAUUACACUUGUUUGUCUUAAUAUGUUUUGUUUCUGCAUUAUUUGUAUUUAAAUACAAACCUUUUGUGUUAUAAUUACUUGUAUGGAUUAGAAACAAUAUGUUUAAAUCCAAAUAAAUCACUUUUCUGUUCUGUUCUGUUCUGUUCUGGUCUGAUCUGUUCUAUGUAAAUGAGCCGUUUACAUUUAUAAUCAUUCAUUUCCUUGAAAUGUGAUGGUAUAUGUUCUAAUAUAUUUCUUGUAAAUUGUAUCGAAAUGUUGUUUCAUUGUUUAUUUCUGAUUAACAAAGAAGAGAAUUCAAGAAGAUACUAAUAAAAUAAAUUAUCAUUGA